UUUUACCACAAUCUACCAUUCAAGCCUGUCAAUGGGAGGAAAAGUGUCAGUGAAGUGACCCACCAGGAGCACCAAGGCAGGAGAUCCCUGGUGUAGGACCAUGUGUACCACUAUGAUGGUCCUAACCAGUGUUGCACUCAUCCUGCGGCAGAUGUUCUCCAACAAAGUCCAACCUCAGAAAGAGACGACUGAGACAGCCAUGCCAAACAUGAACAAUGGAGGAGUGGCAGAAAUCCCGAAACAGCAACAGUGAGCAUGACUUGUUGCCGAAGAGAUUUACUUCCGUGGACAUGAAAGGAGAGAUUUCCCGACAUAGUUUUGUUGUGUUUUCUCAUUGAUCUGAUAUUGAUUCAUGUGCACUUAAGCAGCUUAAGUCAAGACUCUUACACCAGAGGUGAAAAAAAGUGGGCCAGAAAAACAGUGAGGCCCCACAGAUGCUCUCACUGCUGGAACAAGCAAACUAAACAAACAUACUUGGUUGGCAAAUUCCAGCUUGGGUGAUCAUCAUGAUGACACAGCACUAACUGUUUUGAGUUUACUACUUAAGCUAUAUUGUCAUUGCUUAAGAACCAUAUUGUGAACUGCAUGUUCUGUGCCUCCUCUUUUUUUUUUUUUUUUUAAAAAAGCUAUUUUUUUGUUUUGUUGGUAUGUUUUUCUUAAAUUGACAAAUGUUUUGAAUUGAUGUAGGGUAUCUUGUCAUAUGUUUUCAUGUGUUAUUGUCCUCAGAGGGGAAGGUUAUUGACCAAAUGCAUAAAAAAGCAGUGAAAUGCAUAACCAAGUCUUCAAAUGUAAUACAGAACUUCCUUCAUUCAUGCACAGUAUGAGUAUUCUGAUUAUUCAUUGAUACAAACAUUAAUAAAUGUACUAAUGAAUGAACAAGUCAGAUGAACAUUAUUGUAUUACAAUAACAGCAGAAAAACAUGUAUUUUUCACCACAAAUGUGUUGUUAUCUGCCCCCAACAUAUCAGCUCACUUGGAAGUAAAUACAAUACUUCUAUGUAGGAUCUUGAACUGCUGUUAGGUGUUUUGCAUCACACCUGUUUUUGAGAAAACAUAAAAUGAAUCACCCUUUUUAAUGGAAUUAUCUGUCUUUGUCAUGUGAUACGACGUUUACGUCUGACUGAAAUGAGACAUGCAAACGCCUUUUCUUUCUUUCUUUCUUUUUAAUCCCUGAGUUGGUACAAAUCAUCACAUGCAUGAAAGUUUACACUUUGAAUCAGAUCAACAGAUUAAUUUUUCAAUGUGUGCUUCUGCACAGCCUUUCGUGACAGCGUCUGAGUUCUGCACCAGUUCAGAGAAAGGGAAUUAAAAACAUGCAUGUAUGUACAGGUCAAAUUCUUUAAAUGGAGAUUCCACGCUUGCUCUCCUUGUCAGACAUAGGCAGCAAAUCUUUGUGAGGACACAGUGAUAAAUGGGGAGAAAAUUCAUGUGAGGAUUUUAUGUAAUCCCACCUCUUAAGGGAAGAGAAGAGGAAACAUCACCAGAACCUGUAUUUGAGGAUGAGUUUCCUUGUUAUCAUUGUGCUAAUUAAAAGUGUAGCAUCAGGCUCAGACCUUACUGAAUUACUCAUGGGCUUCAGAGGAUAAAUUAUUCAGCUCUUCAAUUUUGCAGUUGCUGAUUUGCUUUGACUGUUUCUCUGAACUUUGACGCCACCUGGUGGUGAGUCGAUUUGGUUCGGUUUCACAAACGACAUACAGAACGACAUAAAACGUCUGCGUAACUCAAUGUUAUUUUUAACCCAUUACAACACGUGACACCUUUUUAAAUCCUUUGCUGAAACCGUUUUUGCUUACGUGCUAAAGAAAAACUACUCUACCCACAAUGCACCACGAAGCAUGACCAGGAAAUGUAAAUUUGGUCGGCUGGUGCUGUUGUGAUGUUGCUACUGUAGCUAAAAACGUGUAGUUUUAGCAUGUAUUUUAUAUUCUGACAUGUUUAAUGCUACUCGUGGUGUACGUGUUGGGUGCGUUAAUAGCUUAAAUGUGCGUUAUGACUCAUGUGCAGCCUUUAAUGUAUGUGGCGUGCAUGGUGUGAUUCAUUUUAUUUGUCACUUGUCCAAUUUUAAAGUGCUAAUCGUGGCUAAUGACUAAAAAACGCACCACACAUCAGUUGUGUUGAGACACAUUCAUUAACAAAGGUCGUAUCUGGCGUUCCUCUCAUGAAGGCUCGCAGGAGUAACAGCGUGGUUACCAAUGGAGACAGGAGACGCCUAAUCAGAUUUAGCUAGCAUUAGCUAGCUAGUUGCAGAUUCAAUAUGGCUACAAGGCCCAAAGGUAAAUCAUCAAAAAGUUCAUUCGGAGAUGACGAUCUCCUUGACAGCUUAUUUGAUGAUAAAAAACAUCCUGUGAGGGGGAAAGCCUCUCGAGACGGGCCCUUAAAUCGCUCCACUGCCACUGAUAACAUCUACAGUUUGCUGGCAGAGGAGGCAAAGAAGGAUGGUGGUGACAUUGAGGACUCAGAUGUCUCAGCAGCAGAUCCCAAUGACAUACUGAAGGACAUGAAGGACAUGGACGAUAUGGAUGCUGACCUCUUUCCAUCAAAGAAAAAGCCCAGUUCAGCGCCUGCGCAAACUAAGCCAUUUGGUCAUGGUGCAUCAAAGAAAGACUCAUUGGAGGACAAUGUAAAACCAGAGGGAGGAGAUGAAUCAAUCACUGGGAGGAAGAAGCCAAACUCUGCACCUUCGACUUCAGUGUCCAACUACAGGAAGAUCAACUUCUCUGAUCUUGAUGACCCCCUUGCUGACCUACUCGAGGACUUGCUUCCAGAUGAAACCAAGUCGAAAGCUGGCGUGCAGCAGUCCGAACCUGAACCUGAAUCAGUGCAACUUCGUCCAACAUCUCCGGUCUCCAAGAGUAAAUCUUCUAAAGCAGCCAAGAAACCAAGUGAUCUCACAUUUGAUGAUGAUGAGGAUGACCUGAUGGAGGCACUCGGAUUUGACAAUGAUAAAAGCAAUCCCAAGAAAAAACAGACUCUGCUUUGGCCCAGCAAGGAAAGGAGUGAACCUCCUCAGAGAGCUCGCACUAGACUGGACGAGAUUCUGGAGAGUAGGACUUCACCCCGUCUUCUGGAGCGACCACCCACGGGUGAAAAGAAGGAGCUGCUUCUGUCUCAAGAGAAGCAGCAGCAGGAGAAGACCACCAGUGGCAAAGAACCACCUAUAGAAGAUGAUCUCACAUUUGGAUCAUAUCAGCCCACCUUGGGAUCCACCCCUGAAGGACGUCGCAGACAGUCUGUUAGAUUUUCAACAGAGGAUAUCAGUUCCUCUGCCCUGGAGAAGAAAACAAAACCUACUCCCACCGCUCCAGCUCGACACCGCAGCUCAGCCGACUGGUUAGGCCUCAAGACGAAUGAUGAUAUUACCUUUCCAGAGGAUGACAACAAAGACAUCAAGACUUCACCCGAGUCUCCAAGGACUCCCUCUUCUCCAUUAUUGGAGAGAAAGCCCUCCCUGACUGGUAAUCAUGUCACAUCUUCUGCUGGGAAAAUGGCAGGGGAGAUACCAGCGCCAGCAAAACAAAAGAAAUCCGAGGCCCCCACAGUCCAGACGAAAGAAGGAAAUGAGGAUGACUGGUUAUCAGGAGCAUUGAGCAGGAAGAAGGCUCUGUCAACUUCAAAUGCUGAGGCAAAAUGGUCCAAGCAGGAUGAUUCUUUAGGUCUUGGAGAAGAAUUGGAUCAGGAGUCAUUUGCUAGUAAACAAGUCACUGCACAGGUUGGUAGCAGCAGAGAGGAUGCAUCUGUUAAAGAAACUAGUACCACCUUUUUUGGACGGCCCAGCUCUGCAGCUCAAAAGACUGAGCAAGCAGUUCCACCGCAAAACACGUCAGCUGCUGUCCAGCAACUGGUGACAUUUCCAGGUGAUAGUCUUCAGCAGCUGCUUCUACAACAGCAGUUGAUGCAAUCUCAGUUGCUGGGUCUUGGGGGUGUCGUGGAUGCAGGAGUCCUGCAAAGACCCAGAGACAAGGAGCAUCAACCUGCAGAGUAUCAAGCUUUGCAUGUACGCAUCGUCCAGCUGGAGGGGCAGGUGAGGACGCUGCAGCUGGAGCGAGACCAGAGCCAAAUUAUGCUAGAGAGUGUCCGGCAGCAGCAUAAACAGGAUAUGGAGCUAAUGGAGAACACACACAAGACUCGUGCGAAGUUGCUCGAGGAAUCAGCAGCUCAGAGGGAGACCCGAGCGCGGCAGGACUAUGAAGACCUUAUGGAGCGCCUUGCCACAGUUACACAAGCUGCUGAGCAGGAACGCUCAGAGCUGCAGGCUCAGUAUCAUCGCAAACUGGCCCUGGCCCAACAGGAGAGAGACCGUGAGGUGGAGAGACUCCGAGAUCUCCAGAGAAAAUCUAUUUCAGAGAUGAAGAAAGACCACGAGGACCAGCUCCAGAGACUGAAGAAGUUGAAAGCCGAGGAGAUUGAUGCAGUGACAAGCGCAACAUCUCAGACCAGGUCUCUUACAGUGGUGAUUGAGCAGAUGGAGCAGUUUUCCUCUCGGCUGGGAGAGCUUUCUUCUCGGGUGGAGAGCACACAUGAACACACCACCCAUGGCCUGGAGCAGGGGGCACGGCACAGAGACGAGCAGCUGCGAAUAAUGCAGGAGCGACUGGCCCAGCAGCAGAAAACCAUGGCAGAGGAGAGGACCUACCUCAAGGAAAUCAUUUCUAGGAUGGACACACAGCUCAAUGAGCAGCAGAGACAACUCGAGAAGGAGCGCUGGAAGAUGACAGCAGAGCAGGCCAAGGCGGAAUCUACCCACAGAGGCCUGGAAGAAGAGCGACGUUCCCUGAGCAUGCAGAUCAACAUGGAGAGGGAGGAGCUAGAAAGAGCAAAGAGCGCUUUACUCGAGGAGCAGAAGUCAGUGAUGCAGCAUUGUGCAGAGGAAAGGAGAAAGCUGGCAGCUGAUUGGGCACACUUCCAUGCCACAGAGAAGCAGAGACAUGAGCGGGCUGAGCGAGAGGUUGGCAGCCUCUUGGAGAAGAGAGAAGGCUCCAUCAUCAGCCUGGCACAGGAACAAGCUGACCUUAAGCUUCGAACAGCAGAGGUAAAGCAGAAAGAGAUGAAUCUGACUCUGGAGCGAGAAACUUUGGAGCGGUUAAGAGAAGAACUUGACAGAGAGAAAGAAAGAAUAGGCAGCACAGCUCUGAGACUGCAAACACGAGCCCAGGAGGUGGAGGCAUUCAGUAAACUCGCUGCAGAGAAGUAUGAAGAAGGAGAACAAGCGCUGAAAGACGCAAAACGUGUGGAGGAAGAACAUGAGGCACGGCUCAGGAAUAUCCAUUUUCAAACAGACAGGAUGAGGCAGCAGGAACAACGAAACCUUAAGGAGCGAAUGCAGUUACAUCAUCUGAAGCGGGAAACAGGAAGUGUAAGACAGGAUGCUCCCAUCACCUUUUUACCACAAAUCAUUCCACCCAUUUUACCAGAUUCUGUGUCACCUAUCCCUGAGCUAACGUCAACCCAAAACAUUCCUCCCACUUCAUUUACCAAUACUCAGUCCAUGACACUUCAGGCCAGUCUGGCUCUGUGGAAGUACACUGCAGAAAAGGAUCGUGAAUACCUCCAAGAGGAGCAGAUAUAUCUAGAAAAUCUGAAAAGGAAAUCCUAUAGAUCUUUCAACACAGAUUGGUCGAUGCGUGCUGGACACUCCCCAUGA